AUUUCUCAGUUCCAAACUAAACGGAUAACACAGUUACUGUUACAGUUACACUUACUUCCAACACACAUGGCCUCCAUUCCCCUCCUCUCACCACCCACCACCGCCACAAAUUCCACCGUCAGCCACCAACCCUCCUCCACCUCCACCUCCUUCUCCCACAAAUCCCACACCCUCCACCGCCGCCUCACGCGGCUCCAUGUGUCCUCCCCCACCAACAACCCCCGCACCACCUCCACCACUCCCCCCACCACCACCACCACCACCUCCGGCGAGACCAUAUUCUUCGACGGCGGUGCCCACUACGGCGACCUCGCCGCGAACCUCCUCCUCGGAUUCACCCUCCUCUGGCUCCCCCUCACCCUCGCCGCGGUGUCACGCGCCAUGUUCCUGCGCUACAGGUUCACCAACCUCCGCGUCACCGUCAUCUCGGGCCUCAGCGGCCAGGACCGCAGCGACUUCGCCUACUCCGUCAUCAAGGACGUGCAGGUCGUGCCGCGUUUUAUCGGAGAAUGGGGUGACGUUGUCAUAACGCUCAAGGAUGGAACAAAGGUCGAUCUCAGGAGUGUCCCCAAGUUCAGAGAAAUCUCCAAGUAUUGCCUCGCCAUGGCUCAGAAACCCAUCGUGUUGAACGAAAGUGGACCCAAAGGAUUUUAGGGUCCUUGGUUUGAAAUAAAACAAUAGUAAAAUGAGGGAAGACCUACACUCAUUCACUCUACCAAAAGACAAACUUAGUUUCCUUUCGCAUUCUUUCUUAUACACCUUCUCCACAGGUUUUUAUUUAUGUAUAAGUGUAUACCUAAUUCUAUACGUAUGUAAAUUUUUUAUUUUCUUCUUUUCCCCCUUUUGAGUUUUUAGUAAUGUUAAUACAAUGUGCUGAAUUUUGAUUAGUACUUUUUUUUUUUUUUCA